AUGGGCGACAAGCUUCACUUGGCACCGCUAGAUAAAAGCAAGCUAAACAAAGCGCUGGAUAUUGGAACAGGAACAGGUAUCUGGGCCAUUGACUUUGCGGACGAGAACCCCGAAUGCGAAGUCAUUGGGACGGACAUCUCCCCAAUCCAACCUAGUUGGGUUCCUCCUAACCUGAAGUUUGAAAUCGACGACUGCACCCGCGAAUGGACCUUCGAACCAGAGUCCUUUGACUAUGUCCACAUCCGUUUCUUGGUCGGUAGUAUCGCGGACUGGCCUGCGCUUUUCAAGCAGGCGUACAGGGCCCUGAAGCCGGGCGGGUACCUCGAGAGCUUUGAGGUCUCGCCCGCCAUCAUGAGCGACGACGGGACCGUCCCGGAGACGAGCGCGCUGGGUCAGUGGGGCAAGUUCUUCGAGGAGGGCGGCCGGAAGAUGGGCCGGACGUUCCGUGUCCUCGACGAGAACUUGCAGAGGACGUCGAUGCAGGACGCCGGCUUUGAGAGCAUCACGGAGUGGAACAACAAGGUAUUUGAGAGCCCUUUGACGGAUGACCGUGCCCCCAUCGGCAACUGGCCAAAGGAUGAGGUGAAGAAGGAAAUCGGGGAAUGGGCUCAGCUGACUCUCCUCUCGGACAUUGAGGGCUACGUCCUUUUCAUGGCCAACGUCAUGUCGACUUGGUCUCGAGAGGAAAUCCACAUCUAUGCGGCGCAGCUGCGUCGCGAGAUCCGGUCUGGCAAGCUUCACGGGUACUACCGCCAAAGAGCAGUCUGGGGACAGAAGCCCCUGAAGACGGAGGCGUAG